AUGUCAUCACAACAAUCUAAUAUUAUUGAUGAUAAUCAAUCCACAAUGAAAAAACAUGACAAAAAUAGCCAAAUUUCUCACCACCACAAGAAAAAUCUGGCAAGUCAACCUGAGGAAAUUAUUGAGCAAAUAUUCGAAUUUAUACCUAGAGAUGAAAUUAUUCGUGUAUCGGGAACUUGCCAGCAAUUCAGGAGAUUGUGGAAAGAAAGUCCUCAUGGAAUAGUUUUUAACAUGAUUAUUCAACUAAACUAUUCCUUUCAGAAAUAUUCCUAUUCUUUGAAUGAUGAAAUUGAAUUGGGAAUAUAUACAAAGGAAACAAUUAGUAGAAUGAUUUGUAAGAAGGAAAAGGAAAGGCAACAGUUAUUUAAUCUUGAAAAGAAAGAUCGAUUGUUAACUAAAUUAAGUGGAAAGGAAAAUAUUUCUGAAAAUUUCAACAAGGCAAUUAAAUUGAUUACAAGAUUUGAUUAUGAAGAAAUAGAAAGAGAACACAAUAAUUCACCGUGUUAUGCACGUGGAUUUGAAAUUGAAUUUGGUCAACUUGGAAUGAUGCAACUUUGGAAAUGGAAUUAUUUAAGAGAAGACCACAGCGAAUUAUCAGCCAAAAUGUCAGAAAAAUUGAAAUCAUUGAAUUUAACAGAAGAUGAAUGGGAUUUCAUUAUCAAAAUGGCAUGUAACUAUAUUAAUUUAUCGAGGGUUGAUUUGGAUGAUUUUUACUAUCAAGAAAUUCGCGAAUCAAUAUUUAAGGACCAUUAUAUUAUGACCAAACCUAUAAUUUCUUUCAGGUUUUAA